CCAGACAUGGUUUCGGUGCAAUUUUCAAACGCCGUCCGGACAACAAACGAACGAGCAUGCGAUAACUGUAGCCGUUCCCGGUCACGUAUAUUCAGAGACUUUUUUUAAAUAAGGGCGGUUGUUUUUAACACAUUUUAUCUAUCCGUGUUGGUAAAAUGAGAGUAAGUGAAGUCCACGCAGCCGAGUCAGUUGCCUAUCUCAACAGAGCACUGGUCAAGCUACAGGAUAUUUGGGAGGAAAUUGGGAUUCCAGAGGAGCAGCGACUGCAGAGAACCAACGAUGUUCACAAGCACAUUAAAGGUUUGCUUGACCUAAUGAUUGCUGAAGAAGAGCAACUUCAGAAGAGAUUGCUGCAAAGUAUUGAGUCCUGUCGCAAGGAACUUAAUAUUUUGUGCAGUGAACUUCAGCUGCCUCCUUUUGAGGAGGAAGAUGGCUGUACUAUGUUGCAGAUUGAGAAAAACAAUCGCACACGUCUAGAGAUGAUGAAGGAGCACAAGAAGCAAAGGAUGGAAGAGCUCAAAGGCCUCAUUGUGAAAGACCGGGAGCUGUGUGAUAUUAUGUGCACUACUCCUUUUAGCAUUGACAGGGAUACUGUCCCAUCACUGAAGGAGCUGGAGUUAUAUCGUGCCUACCUUGAUGAUUUGGCCAAAGAGAAGGAUAAUCGUCAUCAUGAAUUUGUUAGUCUAAAAAAGGAGAUUACUGAGUAUAUGGACAACCUGGAAAAGUCCCCCGAGACCACUUUUGAGACAGAUGUGAUGUGUGAAGAUGAGGAGGCAUUCUGUCUGUCAGAUGAAAACAUUGAAGCUCUUAAGCUGCUCCUCAGUCAGUUGCAAGAACGCAAGGCUAAGAAUGAACUCCGUUGUUCAGCUUUACGCUCCAAGAUUCAAGAGUUGUGGGAGAGACUUCAUAUUCCCCAAGAGGAAAGGGAAGUGCUCCAGGAACAUAUGACCAAAUCAAAAAAGAGAAACAUUGAAGCACUCCAGGUUGAGGUUGAUCGCCUACAGGUGCUAAAAAUGCAAAGCAUGAAGGCUGUCAUUGAAGCCAUCCGAGCUGAGAUUGCCCUUUUGUGGGAGAGAUGCUUCUACAGCAAAGAACAGCAGCAGGCGUUUUUUCCAUAUCUUGAUGAUGAUUUUACAGAAGAGCUUCUCAACCUGCAUGAAGCCGAAGUCCAGGCCCUGAAGAAGUAUUACGAUGACCACAAGGAACUCUUUGAGGGAGUCAGCAAAUGGCAGGAGAACUGGACCUUAUACUUGGAACUUGAUAAAAAGGCUAAUGAUCCUGCCAGAUUCAACAACAGAGGUGGGAACCUUCUGAAAGAAGAGAAGCAGAGAACUGACCUGCAAAAGAGUUUGCCUAGGCUGGAGAAGAGUCUGAAGGCCCAGAUUGAUGUUUGGGAGGAGGAACAGAGCAAAGAAUUCAUGGUGAAUGGACAGAAAUUUCUUGAGUAUGUUCAGCAGCAGUGGGAUCAGCACCACAAUGAAAAAGAGAAAGAGAAGCUGGACAGGCAAUUGAAGAAAACUAAACAGAUUCAGGAGGAGAUGUUGUAUGGAGCAAUGAGGACACCGUCAAAGAGGAGAAUAGCUGGGACUCCUACUCCUGGAAAAGUAAGAAAGUUCAACGGCACCUCGACCAUCUCCACUCCUAACAGCUUUCUUAGUUCAGGCCUCAGUGGAACCAUGUGUCAGUCGUCCAUCCAGAAACCACCUCUGUCUGCCAGCAAGGGUCUUGGCCUGCGAACCCCUGGACAUGGAAAGACUCCCCGUGCACUAGACCGAAACAAGGAAAACGUCUCCCAUCUUAAUACUCCAAGUGGCGCAUUAAGGUCUCAGGAUACUCAAGACCACACCUUCACCUUUAACUCUAUUGCUGGUUCCUAUUCGGAAUUUGCGAGAGAUCUCACAAAGGCUACUAAGUCAAAUGUGAAGCUGGGCCUGCUGAACUCCACUGUCAGUCACCAGUGAUUCAAAGGGAGCUGGCCUGACACUCACCAACUCAGGGGUAGUUUGGUGCAUUUCUUUUAAUUUUUUUUUUAAGUGUACAACAGUCAUCUUUGAUGUAUACAUCCACAAAAAAUGUAAAUAUUUAAAUCUGUGUGAACUUUUGUUUUAGCAAUAUUCUAUUUCAGAUUCUAUUUAGUAACUGCAAGAGCAGUUUUCUGUACUUCUGACAUUAAGGGUAUUUGUAUGGAGACUGCUGAGGCUUUUUAUUACUGUCACAGUCAAUCAUUGUAUUAUGAUUUUCUUCCUCCAGCUGAAAUCACAGCUAUAUUUUCUCAUCAGAGACUACAUAGCGGUUUUCUUUUAAAGUAGUUUGUAAAUAAACAUUUGAAAAUCCA